AUGUGUUUCACAUUUCUGACUGGUUGUUUUGGUGCAAUCAAUACGUCCACAAGAAACAUUGACUUAGGUGGCGAUUAUCAUACCGGGAGGCACACGGAGCGCUGCUUUCGGGUUGCAUGCAAAGUGAGCACAAAUCAAAGAGUCCGCCGAUCCUGUGAAGUGGGGGCUUCGGGUCCCCCCAAACUCCGGGGCGAAGGCAGCGGGCGAUGUUCCCAGCCCACCAAAGAGAGCCUGGCCUCGGGGUGCGGAGUGAGCAAUGACCAAAGCGCUGUCAGGAGUGGCAGGCAGUCGGAUCGGAUGGGGAUCAGUGAGGCAACAACCGUUGAAAGAAAGGUGGAUCGCGAAAUUAUUGCCCGAAGGAAUAGCAGGCGAGGCGGAAUGAUGAUAAAGUUGAACUUCUGUUUCAUCUUCUGUCGGGGAUGGUGGGCGUUUCUGUUGCUUCAGCUCCACAUGUUGCAAGCACUGGCACAAGAGUUUCAUCCUGCCUUCGUCCUGGUGUCAGUUGGAAUAUUUAAUGGAUCUAUGUCUGGCUGGAGAGCUAUCGGUGCGAGCAGACUGGCCCGACAGUGGCUGGAGAUUGGCGAUUAUGUAGCAGCAACAGUAGCUUCCUUUGCAGUUAAGAGAAGGAAGGAAAUCCUGCUAUAUUGGGAUUCUCUUUCGCUUCCAGGUGUGAAGCUGAGGGUGCAGCACCCUUUGGAUCGGAGGUAUGAUGUUGCACCAUACUUCAAGACUGAACCAGGCUUGCCCCAGAUACACUUGGAAGGAAAUCGACUGGUACUUACGUGCCUUGCCGAAGGCAGCUGGCCCUUGGAAUUCAAGUGGUUACACAAUGACAGUGAAAUCACCGCCUACUCCAGUGAAUAUAAGUACAUCAUCCCAGCUUUGCAGAGGACUGAUGCUGGCUUCUAUCAGUGCGUCGUACGGAACAGGAUGGGGGCGUUGCUGCAAAGAAGAUCUGAAGUCCAAGUGGCAUACAUGGGAAAUUUCAUGGACACAAACCAGAGAAAAACAGUGACUCAAGGACAAGCUGCAGUUCUAAACUUCCUCCACAUACUCAGCUAUCCAAGACCACAAGUGACGUGGUUUAGAGACGGGCACAAGAUUAUACCAAGCAGCAGAAUUACAGUGCGCAUUUAUAUUCCUUUUGGAUUUUGUGCAUUGUCUGUCACCAAAGCCUCAGCGUGGUAUUUUAAAGGCGUGUUUCUAGAUGAUCAGAAGGAAGCAGUGUACGUGCUAGAAAAGUAUCAGGUGGAGAAUCAGAGAGAAGACAAAAAAGAUCAACAGCAAAAGAAAAUGA